AUGCCUGAGCCAGGCAAGAAGGCAGUCUCAGCUUUCAGCAAGAAGCCAAGAUCAGCAGAGGUGGCCACGGGCAGUGAUGCUGUGUUUGAAGCUGAGACCGAGCGAGCAGGAGUGAAGGUGCGCUGGCAACGGGGAGGCAGUGACCUCGGGGCCAGUGACAAGUAUGCCCUUGUGACCGAGGGCACGCGGCACACGCUGACCGUGAGGGAUGUGGCCCCUGCUGACCAGGGCUCCUAUGCGGUCAUCGCUGGCUCCUCCAAGGUCAAGUUUGAGCUCAAGGUCAUAGAGGCAGAGAAGGCAGAGCCCUUGCCAGCCCCUGCACCUGCCCCUGCUGAGGCCCCUGGAGUAGACCUGGCCCCAGCCACAGAGCUGGAUGGCAGCGUCCCAAGUCCUGAAGAUCUUUGCUCUACAGCCCCCAACGGUUUUGCCCCUGGCUGCCCUGGGGCCUCCGACGACCCUAUUGGCCUUUUCGUGAUGCGGCCUCAGGAUGGCGAGGUGACCGUGGGGGGCAGUAUCACUUUCUCAGCCCGUGUGGCUGGGGCCAGCCUCCUGAAGCCCCCCACGGUCAAGUGGUUCAAGGGCAAGUGGAUGGACUUGAACAGCAAGGUGGGCCAGCACCUGCAGCUGCAUGACAGCUAUGACCGGACCAGCAAGGUCUACCUAUUUGAGCUGCACAUCACCGACGCCCAGGUUGCCUUUGCCGGUGGCUACCGCUGUGAAGUGUCCACUAAGGACAAAUUUGACAGCUGCAACUUCAACCUCACCGUGCAUGAGGCCAUUGGCCCAGGGGACCUGGACCUCCGCUCUGCUUUCCGCCGCACGAGCCUGGCUGCAGGUGGUCGGCGAACCAGUGACGGUCACGAAGACGCCGGCACCUUGGACUUCAGCUCGCUGCUGAAGAAGAGCAGCAGCUUCCGGGCCCCAAGGGACUCGAAGCUGGAGGCGGCUGCCGAGGAAGAUGUGUGGGAGAUCCUGCGGCAGGCGCCACCCUCGGAGUAUGAGCGCAUCGCCUUCCAGCACGGCAUCACCGACCUGCGUGGCAUGCUCCGCCGGCUCAAGGGCAUGAAGCAGGAAGAGAAGAAGAGCACAGUCUUUCAGAAGAAGCUGGAGCCAGCCUACCAGGUGAGCAAGGGCCAUAAGAUCCGGCUGAGCGUGGAGCUGGCUGACCCUGACGCCGAAGUCAAGUGGUUGAAGAAUGGGCAGGAGAUCCAGAUGAGCGGCAGCAAGUACAUCUUUGAGGCAGUGGGCACCAAGCGCACCCUGACGAUCAGCCAGUGCUCCCUGGCGGACGAUGCCGCCUACCAGUGUGUGGUGGGUGGUGAGAAGUGCAGCACUGAACUCUUUGUCAAAGAGCCCCCAGUGCUGAUCACGCGCCCUCUGGAGGACCAGCAGGUGAUGGUGGGACAGCGGGUGGAGUUUGAGUGUGAGGUGUCGGAGGAAGGGGCCCAAAUCAAGUGGCUGAAGGAUGGGGUGGAGCUGACCCGGGAGGAGACCUUCAAGUACCGGUUCAAGAAGGACGGCCACAAACACCAUCUGAUCAUCAACGAGGCCACACUGGAGGACGCAGGCCACUAUGCGCUGCACACCAGCGGGGGCCAGACUCUUGCGGAGCUCAGCGUGCAGGAGAAGAAAUUGGAGGUGUACCAGAGCAUUGCGGAUCUGGCCGUGGGGGCCAAGGAACAGGCCGUGUUCAAGUGCGAGGUCUCAGAUGAGAACGUGCGAGGCGUGUGGCUGAAGAAUGGGAAGGAACUGGUGCCAGACAGCCGCAUCAAGGUGUCCCACAUCGGGCGGGUCCACAAACUGACCAUCGACGACGUCACGCCCGCUGACGAGGCAGACUACAGCUUUGUGCCUGAGGGCUUUGCCUACAACCUGUCUGCCAAGCUCCACUUCAUGGAGGUCAAGAUUGACUUCGUGCCCAGGCAGGAGCCUCCCAAAAUCCACCUGGACUGCCCUGGCCGCACACCAGACACCAUCGUGGUGGUGGCUGGAAACAAGCUACGCCUGGACGUCCCCAUCUCUGGGGAUCCUGCUCCUACCGUGAUCUGGCAAAAGACCAUAUCACAGGGGAAGAAGGGCUCCGCUGUAUCAGCUCCUGAUGCCUCACAGGAUGCCGGUGACAGUGACGAGUGGGUGUUUGACAAGAAGCUGCUGUGUGAGACUGAAGGUCGGGUCCGGGUGGAAACCUCCAAGGAUCGCAGCGUCUUCACGGUCGAGGGGGCAGAGAAGGAGGAUGAGGGCAUCUACACUGUCACGGUGAAGAACCCCGUGGGCGAGGACCAGGUCAACCUCACAGUCAAGGUCAUCGAUGUGCCGGAUGCUCCUGCAGCCCCCACCAUCAGCAACGUGGGCGAGGACUCCUGCACCGUGCAGUGGGAGCCACCAGCCUAUGAUGGUGGGCAGCCGAUCCUGGGCUACAUCCUGGAGCGCAAGAAGAAGAAAAGCUACCGCUGGAUGCGGCUCAAUUUCGACCUGCUGCCGGGGCUGAGCCACGAGGCGCGGCGCAUGAUCGAGGGCGUGGCCUAUGAGAUGCGCGUGUAUGCAGUCAACGCUGUGGGAAUGUCCAGGCCCAGCCCUGCCUCCCAGCCGUUCAUGCCUAUUGGCCCCCCAGGUGAACCCACCCACCUAGCCGUGGAGGACGUCUCUGACACUACAGUCUCCUUGCGGUGGCGGCCACCAGAGCGUGUGGGAGCGGGUGGCUUGGAUGGCUACAGCGUGGAGUACUGCUGGGAAGGCUGUGCUGAGUGGGUGGCUGCCCAGCAGGGACUGACGGAGCGCACAUCCCUGUUGGUGAAGGACCUGCCCACGGGGGCCCGGCUGCUCUUCCGUGUGCGCGCACACAACGUGGCAGGGCCUGGAGCCCCUAUCACCACCAGGGAGCCCGUGACUGUGCAGGAGAUACUGCAGCGACCACGGCUCCAGCUGCCCAGGCACCUGCGCCAGACCAUCCAGAAGAAGGUUGGGGAGCCUGUGAACCUCCUCAUUCCUUUCCAGGGCAAGCCCCGGCCUCAAGUGACCUGGACCAAGGAGGGGCAACCACUGACCAGCGAGGAGAUGAGCAUCCGCAACAGCCCCACAGACACCAUCCUCUUCAUCCGGGCUGCCCGCCGUGCCCACUCGGGCAUCUACCAGGUGGCAGUGCGCAUUGAGAACAUGGAGGACACAGCCACUCUGGUCCUGCAGAUCGUGGACAAGCCAAGCCCCCCGCAGGACAUUCGGGUGGUGGAAGCAUGGGGUCUCAAUGUGGCUCUGGAGUGGAAGCCGCCCCAGGAUGACGGCAACACGGAGCUCUGGGGUUACACAGUGCAGAAAGCUGACAAGAAGACUCGGGAGUGGUUCACAGUCCUGGAACAUUACCGCCGCACCCAAUGCAUAGUGUCUGAACUCGUUAUUGGAAACGGCUACUACUUCCGGGUCUUCAGCCAUAACAUGGUGGGCACCAGUGAUACAGCUGCCACCACUAAGGAGCCUGUCUUCAUUCCCAGACCAGGUAUCACAUAUGAGCCACCCAACUACAAGGCCCUGGACUUCUCCGAGGCUCCAAGCUUUACCCAGCCCCUGGUGAACCGCUCCAUCAUCGCGGGUUACACCACCAUGCUGUGCUGCGCCGUCAGGGGCAGCCCCACGCCCAAGAUCUCCUGGUUCAAGAACGGCCUGGACCUGGGGGAGGAUGCCCGCUUCCGCAUGUUCAGCAAGCAGGGGGUGCUGACCCUGGAGAUCAGGAAGCCCUGUCCAUUUGACGGGGGCAUCUAUGUGUGCAGGGCCACCAACUUCCAGGGCGAGGCGCAGUGCGAGUGCCGCCUGGAGGUGCGAGUGCCUCAGUGACCCAGGCUGGCUUCCAGGGAUGGCCAGGCACAACUGGAUGCCAGCCCCUCCCACCUGAGAGCCGAAGAGAAGCCAGCGAAGCCAGCAUCCUGCUCCUGGAUAUGUGUGUGUGUGCAAGGAGCUGGGGCGGGGGGUGGGCAGCAGCGAUGGAGCAGGCUGAGUGGGCUCUGCUCACAGCAGACCAUUAGCACCCCCACAAAAGCUCUCAGAACAGGGGGCAAAGAAUGGGCCAGCCUCCUGCCUGGCCUGUCUUCUCAAUAAAGGAUGAGCACAGCCUCA